AUUUUAUUACAUCCUACCCCUUGAAAACCCGCGCCUUCCAAAUUCGACCCCUCCCCUCUUGGAAAAAGAAGUAUAAAAUCCCCACACCAAGGAAACCUCUUCAAAACCAUGCCCUUGCCAUGUUCUUCGUUGAACAAAAGCUGAUUAAUUAAUUAGCAAGGCGAAAAAAUGACUCGGGCUUCCAAAAGAAAAUCCGAUGUUCAAAAUACUGCGUCUGCCAAAACCGCCCGCUCAGAUUCUGUUCGUUCUGCGUCCAGUAAAGCUUCGGCGAAGGGGUAUCAACGUAUAGAUGAAAUUUUCAACAAAUAUGCUGAUAAAACAUCAGGACUGAUUGAACCAGAAGGAAUUGAGGCACUAUGUUCUGAUCUAGAGGUGGAUUACACAGAUAUUAGGAUUUUGAUGCUUGCUUGGAAAAUGAAUGCUGAAAAGCAGGGAUAUUUUACUCAGGAUGAAUGGAGGAGAGGCUUGAAAGCUCUUAAAGUUGAUAAUAUUAAUAAACUGAAGAAAUCACUACCAGCAUUGAAGAAAGAGGCCUUGAAGUCAGUAAACUUUGAAGUUUUUUACACGUUUGCCUUCAGCUACUGUUUAACAGAGGAAAAGCAGAAGUGUUUAGACAUUGAGAGUGCUUGCAUGUUGAUUGACCUGGUAUUAGGGUUCCAAUAUCGGGCACAAGUUGAUUCAUUCAUUAAAUUUCUCAAGAUUCAGAGUGACUACAAGGUGAUGAAUAUGGAUCAGUGGACGAAUUUUCAUCGGUUUUGUAAAGAGAUAAGCUUUCCGGAUCUUCAAAAUUAUGAUUCAUGUGAAGCUUGGCCUUUACUUCUCGAUAAUUUUGUUGACUGGCUUAAAGAAGAGGCAGCAUGAGUUUUUUUUUUUCUUUAGUUUGUUCCGAGUCUUGGACAAGGUUUUUCGAGAAUCAUAAAAACGUGAAAGGGCAUACUUCGAAGAGGAGUAUGAUCUUCACCAGACCUCUAUCAUACAUCAUUCUUUUGGAAAUGUUCACAUUUUGGUCUUUUACUUGGUAGCUUCCUAGUUUUGUGUUUUUCAGUGUCAAGACUGGCAAUGGAUUUUUUUUUUUUGAAUGAAUGAAUAAACAAGUAAUGGAUUUAUUUCAUCUUUUAUAAUGCAUAUUCUUUUCUAGGGGUUGACACAGUUUGAGACUAUCUGGGAUAGUCCAAUGAUACUUUCUGAGAUAGUCCAAUGCUGAUCUAAAAUUAGUUCUUUUUAUAUUUUUAAAUUUACAUUUUCAGCAAUAAAUAAAAUUUUGACAUAGCAUUAAUUUUCAGCUAAAACUGGAUAGAAACCAAUGUCAGUACCAUGUGUAAUAAAAGCAAGGAUUGGUUUAUUGGGUAUGAGGGUUUUUCAGCCUUGGGCUUUGGAUAUUCUUAGGUCUCGAGUCAUUCAUAAGUGUAUGAACCGAAA